UGAUAAUGACAUCAAUGGAUGCAGUGGUGUGUGGUGAAUUUGCCUUUGCUGUUCAUAGUGUUAUUAUGUAUUAUAGAAUAUUAUGUAUUUAGAUAAUUAACAUUUAGGCAAGUGCGUUUUAUUAAUUUGUGUUCGACUCAUGCCACUCUCAUACGAUGGAAAAUAACACAGAUCAUUCUGAACAAAACAACUUUAGUCCUAUAACUGUGCAGGACGUAGAUGUAGAUUUUUUACCGAUUGUUUACGAAAUCAUACGAAGUGUUGAGAGGGACUUCCAUGACAACUCUGCAAAGGCCAGGGAGUCUCAAGACUGCAGUCAAAGGGUGCUCGAGCUUCAAAAGAAGUUUGACAUAGCUCGCACGCAGAUAAAGCGGUUGCCUGGAAUUGAUUACAACAAACAAGAUCAGUUGAAGCAGUUUGAAAUACUGAGAACACAGCUGAGGUUGAAGCGAGAGCUUUUACAGAAGUAUCGGAAUAUGUGUUCAUUUGAAACUUCAUUCAAGUGAUCAAUUUAUUACAAUGCCUAUUAGAGCUAUACUAAGGUAUCUCGCCAAUAACGAGCACCUUGUGCAGAAGCUUGCAGAGUCAUACCCCGUGCGGAGGGCUGCACAACUAGCAGUGUCAGUGUUUUACAGGGGGAAGGAGAAGCUGUCUGAUGUGGACCCUCAACAAGUUAAUAGAAUCAUGUCGUUCCUUAAAAAGUUUAGCGAAAAUUUAAGGGAAGGUAUUCAGGAUGCAAAGAAACAAUUGAAGAAAUAAUGUAUAUAAUUUAGUUUAGUCAAAAUACUGUUACAUACAUAAAAAUACUAAUUAUGUCUUUUCCAUGUGUAGGCAUUAAAUAAUACUGCAAAGUUAA